ACAUCAACUAUUUUAGUAUAAAUAACCCUUUAGGAUAUCAUCAUUACCCGACAGAACCGGCAAUACACAAUCUAGCACAUUCUCUUCUAUUCUGUUUUCUCUCAUCAUCAUUAUUUGAGUCAUCAUCUUCUUGAACAAGGAGCGAUCUAAAGCAAAACUAAAUCAAACAAUGGACCUCUCGGCAGAUCGAACAACUUUUAAGCGUCACUCGUUGCUUUCGACAUUCGUGGCUCAUUUCUUUGGCAUCUUGGCCAUUGUUCUAAUGCUCAUAUGGCUUCUCCAUUACCGCGAAGGCAUCGAAUAUGGCUCCGACAAUCCACUUAAGAUUUUAAAUGUGCACCCAUUUCUCAUGUACUGCGGGUUUCUCUUCCUCUUGGGCGAAGCGAUGAUGACGUACAAAACGGCGUAUGCGUCGCACCAAGUGCAGAAAAUGGUUCAUGGUGGGCUUCACUUAAUAGGCUUAGUUCUAGGUAUUGUCGGAAUCUGCGCCGCCUUUAAGUUCCACGACAAAUUAAACCUUAAAGACAUGGUUUCUCUUCACUCCUGGAUCGGUCUCACCACUUUCAUCCUUCUCUGCCUCCAGUGGCUACUCGGUGCCUUCACAUUUCUUGCGCCACAAUCUUCAUCGGGGACAAGAAGGAAGAUGAUGCCGUGGCACGUCUUAGGAGGCCGGGCUCUACUUUAUAUGGGUAUUGUCGCUGCACUUACCGGACUCAUGCAAAGAGCCACGAUGCUUGGUCAGAGCACAAACGCUGAGUCACGUCUCAUUAACUUCACCGGCUUAGCCAUUCUACUCUUCGGUGUUUCCGUUGACUUCUCCGUCGCUGUUGGCCGUUAUACUUGAUGAAUUCCUAUGUUAGACACAUCGUUAAAUGAAUCUUUUUAUUUGUAUAAUUUUUUUUUUGUUAAUCCUUAUUUUAUAAUUUCAGUGAAUUCCUUGUUUGUU